AUGAUCGAGGAAGAGCCAAAAGAAGCAACUCCACCUCUUGCUCCAUAUGUGCCAAAGGUUCCUUUUCCGCAAAGGUUAGCCCAAACCAAGUUAGAGAAAAAGUAUGGUAAAUUUCUUGAUAUUUUGAAAAAGCUUCGUAUUAAUAUUCCAUUCUUAGGUGCUAUAUCCGAGAUGCCAUCUUAUUCUAAAUUUUUAAAGGAUAUGCUCUCUAAUAAGAAAAAGCUAGAAGAGAAUGCUACAUUUGCCUUGACUGCAGAGUGUAGUGCAAUUUUGCAGAAUACUCUUCCUAAGAAAUUAGGCGAUCCAGAUAGCUAUUCAAUUCCAGUGAAACUUAGAGAUAUUGAAAUUAACAGGGCAUUAUGUGAUCUUAGUGCAAGUGUGAGUCUUAUGCCACUCUCUAUUUGCAAGAAGCUUCAAAUGGGUGAACUUAAACCCACACGCAUAUCUCUACAACUUGCAGAUAGGUCAGUUAAGUUUCCUUUGGGUGUACUUGAGGAUGUGCCUCUUCGCGUAGGUAAAUUCUUUAUUCCCUGCGAUUUUGUUGUGAUGGAGAUGGAGGAAGAUGCACAUGUUCCCAUUAUUCUUGCUAGGCCUUUCUUAGCUACUGCAGGUGCAAUUAUUGACAUGAAAAAUGGUAAAAUCACCUUUGAGGUUGGCGACGAGAAAAUGGAGUAUUCACUUUUGAAUGCUAUGGGCACUCCUUCUAUGGGAAAGACUGUUUGUCAGGUGGAUGUGCUUGAUGAUUUACAGAAGGAGCAACUCCCCUUACGCAAAACAGAUGAUGCACUUGAAACAGUGCUAAUGGGGAAUGUUGAUGAUGAAGAUUGGGAAUCAAGGGAGUACAUCAGGCUACUUGAGGAAGCAAAAGCCAACCCCUUCACUACUCCAAUCAAAGAAGUACUUAGUGCAGCGAGUGUUGGGGAGAGUACUACACCUCCCGAGGUAGCUGCUAAGUAUUGGACUUAG